GCUAGCACCACACGAAAUUGACUCUAUAAAUCCUCCUCUUGGGGCCAUUUACAUCCAUAUAACGGUGAUCUUAAAAUGUCUUCUCGGCUGCUUCUCAGGGCUUUUGUUAACGAGCGACUGACAGCUGCUGCCGAGGAAAUAUUUCAGGUGUUUGAAAGAACAAUCGCAAAAUACGAAGAAGAAGCUUCCAGCUCCAAACAGGAGAUUGAGCGGCUCAAAGGUCUGCUGCUGGAGUUUGUGUCAAAGCAGAAAACAGACUUAUCUCAGUCGUCCAUCUGUAAAGAGGAAACUCCCUGUGAGCAGCAGCUCUGUGAGCAGGAGCCGAGCCUCAGCAUCUGUCAGAGGGACCCAGAGCCUCGACACAUUAAAGAGGAAGACCAUGAACUCUGGGCCAGUCAGCAACAAGAAGAAGAACAGGUUGAAGAGUUUAAGGAUGCUGGCGACUCAUAUCUGCUUCGGUCAUCUGUCUGGGAGAAAAAUGAGCAGGGGGACAUAAAACCGCCCUUGCAAAAUCAGACUCAAAACAGUGAAAGUGAGGAGCCGUCUCAGGAGCUGCAGGAAACUAAAACCGUACGCUUCAUUCUCCCUCUCGCCUCAACUUCACAAACUCUGACCCAAAAUGAAAAUGUCCACGAUGGGAGGGAAAACGAAAGACCUGCUGCAAGUUAUACAAACCAAACACAGACAGACCAAAGUCAGAGCGCCUUUAUAAUUUCCACAGAGUUAUCUCAUUUGAGCUCAGUUGCACCUGACUAUCGUUGUCAUUUGUGCGAUAAAUCUUUUUCCUCCAAUCACCACUUGAUAAAUCACGCUUUUCGCAUCCACUCGAAGGAAGCAGACGUCCUCUGUGCUGUGUGUGGAAAGACCUUCGAAUCCAGCGAAAGUCUCAAUGUGCACCUCAGAUCGCACAAGGGCUCAAAAUGCUGCCACGUGUGCGGUAAACACUGCAACGGUACGACCGCUCUGACCGAACACAUGGCCAGCCACGCCGGGGUGAAACUGCACCGCUGUCAUGUGUGCGGAAGAGAGUGCAGCCGGAAAGGAGAUUUAAAGAUACAUAUGAGGAUUCACACGGGCGAGAAGCCUUUCUGCUGCUCUUACUGUCGUAAGAGUUUCACCCACAGCGGACAUCUGAGGAAGCACAUGAGAAGCCACACAGGAGAGAGGCCGCACCGGUGUGACGUCUGCGGCAGAGGGUUUCUACAGAGCACACACCUAAAGUACCACCUAAGGACUCACGCUCAGAAAUAUUGACUUGUUCAUCCACCUCUGAUCAGAUUGAUCGAACCUCUAAUAAAAAAGUGUAAUACAACCCUGAUUCCAAAAAAAGUUGGAUGCUGUGUAAAACAAAUAAAAACCGAACGCAGUCAUUUGCAAACAAACUGUGUUUAAUGACAGCAGUUUUACAAAGUGUUCCUGAGCCCAUG